AUGUCUCAACGCUUGAGUGAGAUGGUUACCAGCGGCAUACGUGCCCUCAGUAUCUCGAGCUUUUGUGAUAGCCAGUCAGAUUCCUCUGGCGACGGUGGUAGCCCGGGACCACAAGACCCAGCUAACCCGACUCCGGCAUCAACAGCAGCCCAGCCCGACGCCGUGGAACUGGCUACUCGACCUGCUACUGAGCAGGGAUCCGCUCAGACUCAGUCCCAGACACAGGCUCCCGCUAACCCUCCCAAACCAACGGCAGCCCAGCCUGCCACUCAGCAGGGGGCUGCCCGAAAGGAAGGAAGGCCCUCCGUGGGAUCUUCUAGACGAGCAUCAUUUCAAACAUCAGCCUCCCAGUUGUCUCGAUACGAAUCUGCAGCCUCACACAUAGAACAGCCCGAGGGAAAAUCGCAGGCGGGUAGCGCUACGCUACCAAACUAUAAAUACGGUAAGCUCCAGAGGGAUGGUGAGCAAUGGCGGAAGUGGAUUGAGGAUCCCAACGAUACAAGCUGCACUAUUCCGAGCUCUCAACUAACCAUGGAUGACCUUCAGGCUCUAUAUACACCCGGUGAGGCUAAUUAUGACAAUGUUCCUCCCGCUCUUCUUGAUCAGGUAGUUGAGCUAGGUCUUCCUGACGAAUUUAGUAAUCCGGCUGAACAAUCCGUCUACCGUACUUGGCUCAUAGAUGAAGACGAAAUGAAAUGGGAUGGCGUCAUGUGGGAUAACAUGAUCGUUCUCGUAGAUAUCGAGAGGAUACCGGACUCUGAUGCACCUCCGAUGUCUGAGAUUACUCUGGUUUUGUUUAAGCACCUUUUUGAUGUCGACGAUCUCCGGCAUAUCUUUGUGUACACCGUUAUCAAUCCGGAAACGGUGGGCUUUAUCCAAACUCAACUAUAUAACGAGGAUAAUGGUCUUACCUGGGCAGUCUCUCAAUCUGAUGUUGAUUUGGAAGAUCCUGAAACAUGGGCUCAUGGAACACCUGAGUAUGAUGCUUUGCUUGGAACUAGGAUUGAAAAACUGAUCUCGUAUAUAGUUCUUGGAGGCUUCGAGAGGGGCACCUUCAGAAUCGCUCAAGUUGAUACUUGGCCUUCUUGGUUUCUGGGUGCUCGUGCAAAUAUGCGGUUUGACAUUGAGCCGGUUUCGGGUUCAAGCUAG